UCCGGGGUCAGUCAGUCGCUGCCUGUCGCCGCCGGAGAGUCGCCGCUUCCCCCUUCUACCCGCGCCGCCGCGGUAGCGCAGCCUCUUCGGGGAGGGCGACACCGAGCGCGAGGGACUGACUUAAUAAAGUUUCCUGAAACAACUACUACCACCAAAAAAGGCCCAAGGUGGGGGGAGACCCCCCUCGCUCCCCGCCCCUCUCCACACGCCGGAGGGACCGUUGCAGGUGGAGCGGCGCCGGGGGCGACCCGGGCUCGGGCGGCAGCCGUUGCCCCGGCGAGGGGCGCCUGAGGGCCGGGCCGCUCCGGUUCCGGCGCUUUCGGGGGCGGCGGCGGCGGCUGCUGCGGGGCGGUUCCUCCUGUCAACCGCCCGCGCCCGCGCGCCGCCCGCUCGCCCAGCGCCCCAGCGCGGAGGGACGCCGUGAGCCGCCGCCGCCGUCGCCGCGGGCCGCGGUGAGCUGUGGCGCUUCCGCGUCCGCGCCGCCGGGGACUCUUUGGAGCGCGUCGGCCCCGCGCCCCGCGCCCCGCUCCCCUCGCGCGGCGCGCCGACGCAGCGCCAGGUGGGGCCCGGAGCGGCCUCCCACGCCCGGCUGCGCCCCGCGCCCGCCCGGCCGGCCGGCCUUCCGCCUGGCCACGGCCCGCCCUCGGAGUUAACCCAGCCGCGAUGAAGAGCUGCUCACAGUGAAAGGAAAGUAGGUCGCGCCCACUGAAAAUGCCUUUAAGGGACAAAUACUGUCAGACUGACCACCAUCAUCACGGAUGCUGUGAACCAGUUUAUAUCCUGGAACCUGGAGAUGCUCCUUUGUUACAGCAACCACUACAGACAUCCAAAUCUGGUAUUCAACAAAUAAUUGAGUGCUUUCGAUCAGGAACUAAGCAGCUUAAGCACAUUUUAUUAAAAGAUGUGGACACUAUUUUUGAAUGUAAAUUAUGCCGCAGUCUCUUCAGAGGAUUACCAAAUUUAAUUACCCAUAAGAAAUUCUACUGCCCACCAAGUCUCCAGAUGGAUGACAACCUUCCUGAUGUAAAUGAUAAGCAAAGUCAAGCCAUAAACGAUCUCCUAGAAGCCAUAUAUCCAAGUGUGGACAAGCGAGAAUAUAUUAUUAAACUAGAACCCAUAGAGACUAAUCAAAACGCAGUGUUUCAGUAUAUUUCAAGGACUGAUAAUCCUACUGAAAUCACAGAGUCAAGCAGUACUCCUGAACAAGUCGAAGUUCAAAUACAGGAAACUAGCACUGAACAGUCUAAAACAGCAGCACCAGUUACAGAUACAGAAGUGGAAACUGUAGAACCCCCUGCUGUUGAGAUUGUUGCAGAUGAAGUUGCACCUAUAUCUGAUGAACAACCUCAGGAAGCACAGGCUGACUUGGAAACUUCUGACAAUUCUGAUUUUGGUCACCAGUUGAUAUGUGGUCUUUGUAGAAAAGAAUUCAAUUCCAGACGAGGUGUUCGUCGUCACAUUCGAAAAGUACACAAGAAAAAGAUGGAAGAAUUAAAAAAGUACAUUGAAACACGAAAGAAUCCAAACCAGUCCACUAAAGGGCGCAAUAAGAAUCUUCUAGUUCCAUUAAGUAGGAGUUGUCCAGUGUGUUGUAAAUCAUUUGCUACAAAAGCGAAUGUAAGAAGGCAUUUUGAUGAAGUUCAUAGAGGACUAAGGAGGGAUUCAAUUACUCCUGAUAUAGCAACAAAGCCUGGGCAACCUUUGUUCCUGGAUUCUGUUUCUCCUAAAAAAUCUUUUAAGACGCGAAAACAAAAGUCGUCUUCAAAGGCUGAAUACAAUUUAACUGCAUGCAAAUGCCUCCUUUGCAAGAGGAAAUAUAGUUCACAAAUAAUGCUUAAAAGACAUAUGCAAAUUGUCCACAAGAUAACUCUUUCUGGAACAAACUCUAAAAGAGAAAAAGGACCUAAUAAUACUGCCAACAGUUCAGAAAUAAAAGUUAAAGUUGAACCAGCAGAUUCUGUAGAAUCUUCUCCCCCUUCCAUUACCCAUUCUCCACAGAAUGAAUUAAAGGGAACAAAUCAUUCAAAUGAAAAAAGGAACACACCGGCAGCACAGAAAAAUAAAGUUAAACAAGACUCUGAAAGCCCUAAAUCAACUAGUCCGUCUGCUGCAGGUGGCCAGCAAAAAACCAGGAAACCAAAACUUUCAGCUGGCUUUGACUUUAAGCAACUUUACUGUAAACUUUGUAAACGUCAGUUUACUUCCAAACAGAACUUGACUAAACACAUUGAGUUGCACACAGAUGGGAAUAACAUUUAUGUUAAAUUCUACAAGUGUCCUCUUUGCACUUAUGAAACUCGUCGGAAACGUGAUGUGAUACGACAUAUAACUGUGGUUCAUAAAAAGUCAUCCCGCUAUCUUGGGAAAAUAACAGCCAGCUUAGAGAUCAGAGCUAUAAAAAAGCCCAUUGAUUUUGUUCUAAAUAAAGUGGCAAAAAGAGGCCCUCCGAGGGACGACGUGAGAAACAGUGAUUCAAAACAUGAUGGCACUUCUAACUCUCCUAGUAAAAAGUAUGAAGUAGCUGACGUUGGUAUUGAAGUAAAAGUCACAAAAAACUUUUCUCUUCACAGAUGCAAUAAAUGUGGAAAGGCAUUUGCCAAAAAGACUUAUCUUGAACACCAUAAGAAAACUCAUAAGGCAAAUGCUUCCAAUUCACCUGAAGGAAACAAAACCAAAGGCCGAAGUACAAGAUCUAAGGCUCUUGUCUGAUAACUUCAAGUGAUGUACGAAAAGGUUUGGAGUUCAUUUUUGUGGAAAGACUUUAAAUUGGUGUUAAAACCACUAAACAUCUUCAAAUGGUACUAUGAGAAAAAAAAGAAAAACAUUUCCAUAAAUAUUCGACUGUAACUACUGUUUUCUGACUAAAAUAAUAACUACCUAACCACUUAUUUCUGAGGCACUGCCUUUUCCAGCACUUUCAAGUAGCUGUGGCAUUAUGUAUCGGCAUCACAGUCCAUCAGCUAACCGCCCUUGACCUUGUGCAUUUGGUCUGCAGUUUCUACAAAAAUGCUGCAAAUUUUGUUUUACAAUUUGUUGAUUAAAGUGAUCAACAACCUGAAGAAAAUAUCACCACUGGUGAUUUUUAAUUGACAAAGACUUUAUAUCUUAGUGGUUUUGGUUUUGUUCUGCUUUAUUUAGCAAAAUUUUCAUCUGGAUUGUACAGAUAGAUGAUUUCCUAGUGAGAAGAUGGUAGGGCCAAAAGAUAAAUUAGUAGCCACACAUUAUCAAUAUUUAGCCUACUAAAUAUAUUUGUAAUUAUUUUUAUAUCCAUUUAUUUCUAACUUGUUCUUCAGCACUUAAAUGCUUGAAAGUUGUAUUCUCAAAUGUAUAAUACAUAAAAAUUCCAGCUCAUGUUCACCCAUGGAUCAUUAACAUUUUUCAUUUGUAAACAUUGAGCUUUUAAUUAAAAUUAAGCAUUCCCUUUUAAAUAUUAUACAAAGCACUUUAAGGCUGAUCCAUUUUAAAUUUUCAGUUUCUCUUUUUUUUUAGAGACCACACAUUUACUAAUGUUAUUAUGAAGGUAGUAAAUAGCUUGCUGAUAUUUCAUGGAUGCAGACAAUCUGUGCACAUCCACUUCUUAUGCUACUAGUAUAUUUCUUUAAAAAAGGAAGAUGGGGCUGUAAACCCUGAUUUUUUUUUUUUUUCUUUCCCAAGAAAAUUUUUAAAUGGCCACUUUAAAUAAAUAUUUGAUUCCUAUAUAAAAUUUGGAAGAUAAUGAACUCUUGUCCACUUUUAUAAUCAAGAUUUUAGGAAAAACAGAAAUACAGCUAUCUUUAUGAAAUUUUGGGCAGGUUUUUGUGUAUAAAUAUUUUGUACUUUUUAGGGAAUAUUUUAUUUUUUAGUAAUUUUUGACAAAUUAUAAUUUUUAAAGGUACAGCAGCAAAUAUACCAUGUUUUUAUAUAGGUUCAUACCUAUACUUAAGAGGGACCCUGUCCAUCUAUAUACUUUUUGUAUAAAAUUUUAAAAUGUUGAAGAGCCACAAGGUCAUAAUAAAAUGCUUCUAUAGCUAGGGAAAAAAAGACAUUUACCCUUCCCAGUGCUUUGCACUAAAAUAUACUGUGAAAGGAAACUAGAAAGACUGUAACUGUUGCUGGAAAUGUUCUAUAUUGAAUGUACAUGCUCUUGUUGGAAAAAUGUACUAUAUGUGAUGGAAAUAAACCAGACUCGAAGUUAUUUCAGCUAAAUGUGCUUCAACAAAGGUGCAUUGGUUGAAACUUAAAUGUUCUAUUAUCAAAUUUAAAUUUAUUCAGUGACUAUGAGCAGCUACACUUGAAUUAUAUUCUGAUAGUUUUAUUUUUAAAAAUUAGAGUGAUAAUUUCUCUUUAAUUUAAAAACAGAUUUACUUUUCCUUAUGGAAAAUUUGUACUUAUAGGUCUAACUUUAAUAAUUGAUAGCAUAAUAUAUUUAGGGAACUAAAUGUGUAGGUGGUAUUUCAGUUAUAAACCAUCUUCAUUAGUUGCAACAUUAUUAAACCUGUAUGUUUUACUUUUGCAAGGUGUUAUCUUUUGUGCUUUCCUACACACAAAACAUAUUCUAAAUAUUUUUUCCAGACUUAAGAACUGAUGACCAGUAAAAAGAUAUGUGGAUUCUUAAAAAAUUUGAGAUAGCUUCUUACUUCAACUUCUCAUCUGUAUUUCAUCCUUUUUCUCUCUGCUUUGCUUCUUAAAAACUGUAGGGAAAAGAGAAAUAACCUGAUGCUGGCUGAGGGAAGCCAAAUUGCUGGAAUUCCCUUACUCCACUCACCUGUUCCCACAGAACCAUUCACAUUAUGCCUCCUCUGUACUAACUCUAGGGCCACAGAGUAGGAAUUUAGGAGGAAAUGAAGGUUCCAAGGACUAUCUAAAGAUUUUAUCUGGCCAUAGAGAGAAAAACUGCACUAUGUUAGGACUUGUGUAAAUGAGAUGGACCUAAAGAGGUUAGGAAUGUUUUAUAAUAGCCUAAUUAAUGGUUCCUGACAGAAUAGGCGUUAGAUGCUAAGCUGGGACCAGUUUAGAAAGUAUAGAAGGAAAAAGUAAACGUGAUUAGAUUUCUUUGUUCUUUCUAGUCUUCAUCUUUUUUUUUUUUGGACUCUUGGGCUCUGUCAUCUCAGAAGGUCAGACUUGAGGUUCUUGAAGUCUAAGAAAAGGCUUCAUUGUGCCCUCAGAAGCUUUCUGCACAUAAGCUAUCUAAGCAGAUAUCCAUGGGAUUCUUUGUUGUAGGGGGAACAGGUAAAGUGCCAUAAGAAACUGCUAAUUUUAUGCUGAGUCCUACCUCUGGUUGUAGAUUAUAGAUACCUUUGCUGCUACUUGAUUAAGAGCUUCUCCAUACAAUUUAACUCAUCUUCCUGAGGAUAACUUCCAUUCCUAAAUGUGGUGGAAAGAGGAGAAACAAUAACAGGUAUAGAAUGCACUGCAACUUUGCAAGGUUGGAUUAUGCUUGGAUUGUGAUAGCUGGAUGAAAUGUGACUGACACCGGGUGGGUGUUUGAUACUGUAUGCAGAUAUACCUUGAAUAUAACCCUUUUUUAUUUUUUGGUUCAUGUCUCCCCCCCAAACCCCCCUCCCUUUGACUCCCUACUUCAAGACGAAAACCUGUGAACUGUGUUAACCCAUCCUUAGUUUUUAGCCUGGUUUUGUGUAUAUGAGCUAAGUUUUUGGUUAACAGCUUGCUUUUAUUGUUGAAAACUACCUUCACAUUUUUUUUGGAAUAUGUAUUUGUAAUAUUGCUUUAUGGUGAUAAGCAGUUGUAUUCAGUUUACUUUAAAGAGCUUAUGGAUGCAGUUGCAGCAAGUUUUGUGGUUUUGCCGCCUUGAGACUGUGGGUUUAGAUGGAGAGUUUCCCUGUAGGUGUGACGGCAAGUAAAUUGGAGAUGUAUGAUAUCAUUUCCUUUUGUGAAGUUGAAAAUGAUUUUUUUCAAAUAGCAAGACCACUGAAAAUGAGAUAGGUAUCUUGUAAAAUUUUGGAAAUAGGUUGUCAGGUUUCCUGCAGUGGCUUCUGGAAGUAUUCUAGACCCUUAGUUAGGAGUUUUUAGAAGUUCCUUUUCUAAUGGAAUCUAUAGAUUAUCAAGAUUAUGAUUUAGCUAUGACUCUCAUAGUUGAUCUGAAGCUGAGCCUUAAGAUAUGUGCAGCACAGCAUCACGCAUGCUGUUAGAAUCCUUCUGUGUUCUAUGCUGUUCUUGCCCUCUUCUCUGACUUUAGGAGCUAAAAGAAACCUUGGGAUUAAACAAGAGUAAGGGUCAGCACUUUUAGGAACAGUUAUAAACUGUUUGGUUUCUAAGGCAUUAGUCACAUGGUAGAAUGAAGAAAAAAACAUUUUUCUUGAACUCACCGUUAUCCUGACUUGUAUUCACUUUCCAAGUUCAUUCCAUCUCUCAUUAGUUUUUGCAUCCUUUUUCUCUGUUCUGAACCUCUAGCUCUAUACUUUUCCCAGUUAAUUAACAGACAUCAUUAGUACCAAGAUAGCAAAACAUUUUUUGGGAAGGUAAGAGAGUAGCAAGUGCAGCUCAUUUCUUCAUGGAUCUUUAUUGCUGUACAUUUCAUUUGACCAGAUUUAUUAUUUAUUCUUAUGCUUCUUCCUCCAUAUAUUCACCAUCACCACGACACAAGCGGGGGGACCAUAGUGAAGAACAUUGGUGUAUCUAGGUGGGAAAACACCCAAAAUUGGAGGUUUUGCUGUUUGUGUCCACUGAGCAGAAUUAAUAUGCUUGAUUGUAUAUUUUUGAAGUCAGGAACUGUGUCUAGAUGAUUUUGUACAGUGCCUAGCACAUCUUCAUGUAUACCCAGACACUUUAAAUAAAUAUUUAUUUAAUAAUACUAAAAAAGCAGCCUUUUCCAUCUCAAAAUUGUGCUGAGAUAUAUAUAUACACACACACACACUUUGAGGCUUUGAGUCUUAAUUUCAUGAACUUUUAUCUCCAUAUUGAUAUAUUUAACUUAUUUUAGAAAAUGCCCCAGUACUAAAAUUAAAGUUUAUGAUAAUGGAGAAUUUUAGUAAGAAAUAAUAGUGAAUAUUCAUGAAGUGCUUAUGCUAAGCACUCUGCUAAUUUUUCACUUGCAUUUUGCCCCAAUCCAUCAGCAAUCCUAUGAAGUUAAGUACUAUUACUUCAUUAUUCACAUUUUAUAGAACGGAAAAUUGAAGCUCAGAGUACAGUGAUUUAUUCAAGUUUCGGUUCAGAUAAGCUAGUAUGUUUCUAGCAAAUUUAAAUAGCUAGUAUGUCUAGUACCUUAGAAUUAAAACUUGACACUAGGUCCAGUUACAAAGCCUAUGCCCUUAAUUGGUGCAAUCUUUCGCACAUUUUAUUCUUUGCAGAGUUCAUUCUCCGCAUUACCUUUUUGGCAUCUUAAUGUAAUGAUUUGGAACUGUAUUACUUGGUUACAAGUUUGGAUCUACAAAUAAUGUUAUCUGACCUUGUAGAAAUUACUUGUUUCUUAGUUACCUAUAAAAUGGGCAUAGUAUUUCUUACC